AUGGCGCAAGCCAUGGGCUUCUCCUCCUUCGGGAUGAAAGGCGCCAAGCGUCGCAAGUUUAACCCCCACGCCGACGAUGCCGUCAUCGAUGACGGGAGCGGGCUGCCGUUGCAACAGAAGUCGGCUUCUGGGUCCAACAACACACCUCUUGGGCAGCGAAGGGUGCCAGCGUCGAGUAAUGAUAACGAGAUUGCGUUGGAUGACGAGGAUGAAGACGAUGUGGACGAAGGCCGCGGUAGCUGUCUUGGAGAAGGAGUAGAUGGCGCGGAUCCGGGACCACAAUACAUCGACACCUCGCGCCCUGCGACGUCCCGAGUCCCCGACGCAGAGCCGUCUCACAUCGACUCCCUAACCGGCACACUAACACUUCCCCCUCGACCAACCGAAGCACAACCCGUCUUCCUAGGAGGAUCUAGUCGAGGAGGAGGAAGCUUCAACACAACUCGAGGUGGACGGGGAGCAGGACAUGGACGGGGACACCGUGACGACGGCAAGCCCUGGUGGGAGGAUUACUACGACCCCACCUUCAACGUGAACCCAUGGGACGCUUUGGAAAAGAAGAUGGGUCUUGAGCCGCGUGGUCCCUGGUUGUCGUGGGAGGAAUCAAAGGGGAGGUGGGAGGCUGCGAAGGCUGAGGUCGAGGCGUGA